CACUGGCUCACUGCACUCUCCCAUUGUCCGAUGACUACACCGUUAUCACAUCACGUGAUGUUUACGGACGCUGGCGGAAACCAACCGGAAAUACCACUAGCCCGAUCCACGUAUAUGGUACCCAUUCACAGCGAAUUCCUUCCGCGUCACGUUCAUGAAAGAUCCAAAGGAAAAAAUCAUCCAGCCCUCUGGAGAGAACAGAUGCCAGCUCAGUACUUCUAUUAUGAGAUACCGCCGGCGUCAAAAUGGUCGCAUGGUGAAGUUCGCAAACGUCACGCUGGCAGAACCAUGUUCUGCCAAGUUUUGUCAGUUCUGCAGGCAGAAUUGCCCCUGAAAUAGUUCUGCCCAUGGUUUCCAAGAUCAGAUCAAUCGUCCCUUGACCAUCUAACACUGCGGCUAUGUCGAAUAAUUCAAUCCCUAUUGUUGAUUUUGCUCCGUUCUUAGACGGAACUGCGAAACAGCAGGUUGCAGAUCAGCUCCUCGGGUCGUUCAAAUCGGCUGGAUUCGUCCACCUCACGAAUUUUGGUCUAUCGAACGAAGAGGUCCAAGAGAUGUUUGAUUUGUCGAAGCGCUUUUUUGCCCUUCCGCACAAAAUCAAAAUGCUUGCGCCUCAUCCAGACUCCGGAGCACAUCAUCGAGGUUAUUCCUUCCCCGGCCAGGAGAAAGAAACCCAACUCCCGGAAUCGGGAGAUUCCACUGAGGCUGAAAUACCAAUCCCGAGCGUGAAAGAGUCGUUCGAAUCGGGCUGUGAGGACGAUGACUUGAUGCCAAACAUCUGGCCGCCCGAUCACAUCCUCCCCGGCUUCAAGGAAUCGUAUCUGGCGUUCUAUGGGUCAGUGUAUCCACUCGGGCCUGAAGUCUUGUACCUUGAAAAACAUCCUCGCGCGCUCGCGCUGGGUUUCGGCUUGGAGGAGGAGUGGCUUGUGAGAUAUCAUGGGAUGUCAGAUAAUGGGCUGAGACUACAACACUAUCCCGGCGUCGCCCUCGAAUCGGUCCUUUCGAACAAGGUUGCACGGAUAUCGAAUCAUACGGAUUUUGAUACACUCACAAUCCUCUUUCAAGACAACGUAGGAGGCCUCGAAGUCGAGGAUUCGAAUGAGUCUGGGAGUUUUUUGGUGCGGUCGAAUGACACAAUACGGAGCGCGAUGCAUCGCGUUCGCGCGCCGCCGCAUGCGGUGACGAGGGAUGGCAUGCUUCCAGAUCGAUAUUCUAUCCCCUACGACCUUUCCACAGUCGUCGAUUCGAUCCCUGGUACGUGGUCAGCGGAUUAUCCCAAAAAGUAUGAGCCCGUGUCGGUGACAUAUGGAAACUACAUGUUGAUGCCAAUGGUGGCGGAAUAGGUGAAAGAGUAUGUAAUGAAGCGGUUUGCCGCGGAUUAUUAAAGCUGGUGAAAGGUGCUAUGGGUUGACAUGAAUAUCAAGUAUGAUACAUUUUCGUUUGUCCGAAUGCCAAAGGUUUAUGUAGAAUGACGGAUACCUUUCUGUAGAGUUUGGAGAUGGCUUCAAACCUGUGAUGGCGUGAUAUCGAGAUUCAGGUACCAUGAUGGGCAUUUGUUUUGAGUUCGACACAUCGACAUGUACCUUCUUUCAGAUGACGAUUUAGAAAGAUCCUUCCUGACCCCCCGGAAUAGUAUUAGCAAGUCGCACAGCUUAUGUAAUUGCGUAGAAACUGAAGUACUGAAGUACACUGAGAA